UAGGUAAAAAUCCAACUUUAUUUAGAACCUCAAAUAACAUUAACAAAGAACAAAGAGAGAACAAAGCUGAUGGCAACACUACUGCCAACUCGGGACCCUGAACUCCGAAAAGACCCGGUAACCAACCGAUGGGUCAUAUUCUCUCCGGCCCGAGCAAAACGCCCUUCAGAUUUCAAAUCCAAAUCCCCAGAAAAUCCUAACCUUAAUUCUUCCUCAUGCCCAUUUUGCAUUGGCAAUGAGCACGAGUGCGCACCUGAGAUAUUUCGGGUCCCGCCCGAACCGAAUUGGAAACUCAGAGUCAUCGAGAACUUGUAUCCUGCUUUGAGCAGGAAUCUCGAGUACCCAAUUGGCCAAAAUGACGAUUCGGUUAGCGAAUUGGGCAGGUGGGAUCGGGUCGUACCCGGGUUCGGGUUUCACGAUGUGGUGAUUGAAACUCCGGUUCACUCGGUUCAGUUGUCGGAUUUGGAUCCAAGGGAGAUUGGUGACGUUUUGAUUGCUUAUAAGAGGAGGAUUGAGCAGAUUAAAGGGUUUGAUUCAAUCAAAUAUGUUCAGGUGUUCAAGAACCAUGGAGCUUCAGCUGGGGCUUCAUUGAGUCACUCUCACAGUCAGAUGCUAUCUCUUCCAAUUGUUCCUCCCAGUGUUUCUGCUCGACUUGACAGUAUGAAGGAGUAUUUUAAUCAGACAGGGAAAUGUAGUCUCUGUGAGGUCCAAUCAAAGGACCUCUUGAUUAAUGAAACCACCAGUUUCAUUUCAAUUGUUCCAUUUGCUGCUUCAUUUCCUUUUGAGAUAUGGAUAAUUCCCCGAGAUCACUCUUCUCGUUUUGAUGAAUUGGACAAUGCAGUUGAUCUUGGUGGCUUGCUAAAACUCAUCCUUAGAAAGAUGUCUUUGCAGUUGAAUAACCCUCCAUUCAAUUUCAUGAUUCAUACUUCUCCGCUUCAGGUUACUGAUUCUGAGUUACCUUAUAGUCACUGGUUUUUACAGAUAGUUCCUCAGUUAACUGGUGUAGGAGGUUUUGAACUCGGAUCUGGAUGUUACAUAAACCCCAUUUUUCCAGAUGAUGCUGCUAAAGUUUUGAGGGAAGUUAAUGUUCCAACAUCAGGAUAAAGCCGAUUAACAUCAUACUAGUAACAUAAAAAUCGUAUUUGAAUAAGAAAAAUCAACAUUUUACAGAGGAAAUCUCUUGCGAAUCUAUUUGAGCCAGCAUUAGAUUUUUCUCUUCUGAUUUAUUUCUUUGUAUUCAAGAAAAGAUGGGACACUGGACAUUGCACAUGGGAAGUUUCCCAUAUGUUUGCAUAUAUGUAACUCUUUGAUUCAGCCUAAAUGCAUGGAACUGUUCAAUGAUGUAAUUAUGUAGAGAUGUAUAGUAAAACUUUGAUUUCUUAUUUUCUGAUUAAGGCCUAGGCUUAAUCUGAAACCAAACCCAUUAGACUAAAUCAAAAGUGCACCAUGUUUCAAAGGGUCCCAACUCUGAAGGCCACGAUCAAACAAAGUAAACUUUCAAAGUACACAACUAAAAGAAUGUAUAAAAUGAGCCGGUUUA